UUGCCAGUUUGCUCAAGUGUGCUCAAGUGUAUCUAUUCAAUGUUGUAGCCUUAUUCUUCUAUCAACAUAAAAUUAUAGAAAAAAUAAAAACCUUAGAUAAAUACAUUAAUUGUUAUAAUUAAAUACUAACAAAUAUCAAAUGUCUUAUCAAUUGUACAGAAAUACUACACUGGGUAAUACUUUGCAGGAAAGCCUAGAUGAAUUGAUUCAGUAUGGUCAAAUUACACCUCAUCUUGCAUCAAAAGUUUUGUUACAAUUUGACAAAGCAAUCAACACAGCUUUGGCAACAAGAAUCAAAUCCAGGUUAACAUUCAAGGCAGGAAAGUUGAACACUUACAGAUUUUGUGAUAAUGUGUGGACUUUUAUGUUGAAUGAUGUUGAAUUUAGAGAAGUUCAAGAAGUAGCAAAUGUUGGAAAAGUCAAAAUUGUUGCAUGUGAUGGAAAAACUCUAGAUGCUGAUGGAGCCGCUAAACGAUAACAAAUUACUUUAAUUUUAUUUUGUCAUAAUAAUAGCUAAAUGUCUCUUAACAACUUUGUUAUGGGUAUGUAAAAACUCUAGUACAGAAUUUCUUUUAUUUUUAUGUUUUUUUUUUUUUUUUCAAUUCAAGUCAUGAGUUGUUAUUUUUGAAUAAUAAUAUGCAUUGUAAUUUAUAUCUGAUACUUGUAAUAAAUUGAUUGAUUAAUUGAUUAUAAGUUUAUUUCAUUCUUUAAUCAAUUUUUCAAUAAAAAUAUAAA